AUGGCAGCUACAACUGUCACUAGUGCAAUUCCUAAUCCCCCAGUUCUUAACCAGAAUAACUAUGAAGAUUGGAGUUUCCGGGUUAAACUCUACUUGUUAGCUGAAGAUCUUUGGGACGUUGUGGAAGCCACCACUGAACCUCCUAAACCAGAAGAUGGUGAAGCUGAGUUUAAGGCUUGGAGGAAGAAAGAUGCCAAGGCUUUAAUUCUAAUCCAGAAUAAUUGCGGGUCUGCUAAUUACUCUUUAAUCUUUGGCACUAAGACCGCCAAAGCUGCCUGGGAUACUUUGGCCGAAAAGCUAGAGCCAGCUCAAGAGGAGUUGGUGCCGUUGGUGCCACAGGAAGACUUGAAUAUCAAUCCGACGUCGAAUGAUGGAAAUGAGAGUAACACCAGCGACUUCAAUGAGUUCGCCCUCCAUCAACCCUUCAUUGAUAAUGUGGCAGAGGGUGAUUGGGAUUUAGCGAAGGAGUAUCUUAGUCGAAAUCCAGAAGCAAUCAGAGAAAGAGGUUCAUUAUCAGGUGCGACAGCUCUUCACCUGGCAGUUUCGCUUGGAUAUGUAAAUAUGGCGAAAGCGUUAGUGGAGUUGAUGACGGAGGAAGACUUGGAAAUACGGGAUGCUAAUGGUCUAACAGUUAUGGCCCACGCUGCGACUAAAGGAAUCACACAAUUGGCUAAGUGCAUCACUGAAAAAAACAAGAAACUGCUUAGCCUUCCAUAUCCUCCAGAGAACUUUAUUCCACUUCUGACGGCUUAUUAUCUCGGCCAUUGGGAAUUGGCUCGCUACCUCUAUUCUGUUACUCCACUCGAAGCUCUGUUGCAAGACAACGGCCGCGGUGGUGCUGAGAUUGUUUCGGAGAGUUUUAGGGCCAAAAAUUUCGAUAUUGCAUUGGAUUUACUUCGGCGUUGCCCAAACUUAGCCCUUGCUAAAGGCUACUCUGGGUUGACCCCUUUACAAAUGUGCGCUAGUAUACGUUCUGGAUUUUUAAGUGGAACGCAUCUCAAAUUCUGGCAACAAUGGAUCUAUGACCGUAUACACGUACAACCUGGUUCAACAGAUGAUAUUCGCAUAAAUGUUGAAAACGUCGAAGAUGACCCAAUUAGUGAAAGCGAUCUCAAAGUUUGCUCAGGUAUGGGUAUAUUGCGAGGACUUGUUCCAAAUCCCUGUAACCUUUUUGGAAUUAAUCACAUAUAUAAGAUGAAAUGGACCCACGAAAGAACAUCUGAAAUUCUACAUUCCAUGUGCGAAGUGGUAAAGGGUAUGAGUCUUAAACAAAUGCAAGAAAGUGUCGUGCAAGCAGCAAUCUUCGAAGCUAUUAAACAAGGGCAUGUUGAGUUUGUUUUUGAGAUAUUUCGAUCAAAUCCUGUAAUGAUUGGGCUCACUGGGGAAAUGGGAAGACCAUGCUUCAGUUUGCCAUUGAAUGUCGUCAAGAAAAUGUCUAUUUCUUUUUCUAUGAAUUGACCCGAAUAGUGCUUAAUAUGGUAGUGAGAAUAGAUCAGUUCAACAAUACGUUGCUACAUGCAGCAGCGAGUUUAUCCCCAAUUGCACAGCUUAAUCAUAUCCAAGGUGCCGCGUUGCAAAUGCAGAGAGAAUUACAAUGGUUCAAGGAGAUUGAAAAAAUUGUACCUCCCAAGAUUCUUGAGGUUGUAAAUGUUACAG